UUUCCUUUAGAUCUCCUAAAGGUCAGCAAUGAAAAACAGGACGUUUUCUGAGUUUAUUCUGUUGGGCUUCACAAAUCAACCUGAGGUCCAGGUUGUGAUAUGCAUCUUUCUGUUCCUCAUCUACGUGGUAAGUGUCCUAGGAAAUCUGACUAUCAUCAUUCUCACUCUAGCAGACCCUCACCUCCAGACUCCCAUGUAUUUCUUCCUCCGGAAUUUCUCCUUCUUAGAAAUUUCCUUCACGUCCAUUUUCAUUCCCAGAUUUCUGACCAGCGUGACAACAGGAAAUAAAGUCAUCAGCUUUGCUGGAUGCUUCAUUCAAUAUUUUUUUGCUAUAUUUCUUGGGGCAACAGAGUUUUACCUCUUGGCUGCCAUGUCCUAUGACCGUUAUGUGGCCAUCUGCAAGCCCCUGCAUUACCUGACCAUCAUGAGCAGCAGGGUCUGCAUCCAACUCGUGUUCUGCUCCUGGCUGGGGGGAUUCCUAGCUAUCUUACCCCCAAUCAUCCUGAUGAGCCAGGUGGAUUUCUGCGCUUCCAAUGCUGUGAAUCACUAUUUCUGUGACUAUGGGCCCCUUCUGGAGCUGGCCUGCUCAGACACAAGCCUCCUAGAAGUGAUGGUCCUCUCUCUGGCAGUUGUGACUCUGGUGGUUACGCUGGUGCUGGUGACAUUUUCUUAUACAUACAUUAUCAGGACCAUUUUGAGGAUCCCUUCUGCUCAGCAAAGGACAAAGGCUUUUUCCACCUGUUCCUCCCACAUGAUUGUUAUCUCCCUCUCUUAUGGCAGCUGCAUGUUUAUGUACAUCAAUCCCUCUGCAAAAGAAGAAGGUGCCUUCAACAAAGGAAUGGCUGUGCUCAUUACUUCAAUUACUCCCUUGUUAAACCCCUUCAUUUACACUCUAAGAAAUCAGCAAGUGAAGCGAGCAUUCAAGGACACCAUCAAAAAGAUUGUGAAGCUUUAAAAGACAAUACAUUUCCAUGAAAAAUAUAUUUCACUUACUAAAUGUGAGUUGAGUAUCUACUAUGUUUCAAAUGCUGAACUGGCCCUUGAGGA